AUGGCUGCUGCCAGCUGUCUGCUGACUGAAGAUCAGUUUCUCUGCUCCAUCUGUCUGGAUGUCUUCACUGAUCCAGUUGCCAUACCAUGUGGACACAACUUCUGCAAAACCUGCAUCACUGACCACUGGGAUAUUAAUGAUCCCUGUCAGUGUCCCAACUGUAAAAAGGUUUUCAACACCAAACCUGAGCUGCAGGUCAACACUUUAAUCUCUGAGAUGGCUGCUCAGUUCAGACAGUCGGCUAAACAGAAAACCAGCAGCAGCAGCUCAGAGCAACAAGAGUCCAAACCAGGAGAAGUUCCCUGUGACGUCUGCACUGGAGCCAAACUGAAGGCCCUGAAGUCCUGCCUGGUGUGUCUGACCUCCUACUGUGAGACUCACCUGGAGCUUCAUCUGACAAAGCCAGGUCUGAAAUCACAUCAGCUGACCGACCCUGUGGAAAACCUGGAAGGCAGGAUGUGUGCGAAGCACAAUAAACUGCUGGAGCUGUUCUGUAAGACCGACCAGACCUGUGUCUGCAUGCUGUGCUCUAUUUCAGACCACAAGACACAUGACGUUGUCCCUGUGAAAGACGGAUAUGAAGGAAAGAAGUUGGAGCUAGAGGAGGAAAUUCAGCAGAUGAUCGAGAAGAGACGACUGAAGAUUCAGGAGAUCAAACGCUCAGUGAAGCUCAGUAAUGAAGAAGCA